AUGACAGUCCCCAAAGUUAAAGUGGUUCGCUCCUGCAACAAAUCACCUGUCUGGCAACUCCAUAAUGGGGAUGUUAUCAUCGAGUCGAAUCAGAUUGGUACAAACUACGAGAACAAUUUGGACUGCUAUUGGAUGGUGUCUUCAAAUGCGAGAAUAGAACUUUCCUUUAUGAUUUUCGAAACAGAAUCUGAGCACGAUGUUGUGCAAGUUUAUGACGGUGAAUCAUCCUCUGCCCCUCUGAUUGGUGGAUUUAAUGGAUCAUCUCUUCCUUCUGCAGUAAAAAGUUCGUCCAGCAAACUUUUCCUUCGGUUUAUGACCAAUGAUUCAGUAACUAAAUCUGGAUUUCGCGCACGUUUCCGAGUUUUGACAGAUGGUGCAUUGCGUAUAGCUGGUAAUAAUCCAUUCACUGGAAGGAUAGAGGUCUAUUUUAAUGAUCACUGGGGCACAAUUUGUGACAAUGGGUGGAACAUCGACGCCGGCCUGGUGGCCUGUAAGCAACUUGGCUUCGACAGGGUUUCCCAAGUCUUUAGCGGCGCCAGUCAUGGUCAAGGAACCGGUCCAAUAUGGAUAAAUGCAGUGAAUUGCAUUGGAAAUGAGUCGUCAAUUUCCAGUUGUGGACACAGUGGUUGGGGUAACCAUUAA